UUCGUAUAUUUAAUCAUGGAAGCAUAGAUUUUACAUGUUGCUCCAAACGAAAGUAUAGAAUCCGAGGCGGUAUUAAAUCGUUCAAUUUCAAUUAACGAACCGUGCUUGCACUGCCGCAGAAGCAUAAUCUUAUAUAUAUACCAAUUGUCGCGAAUACUAUAGCGUUAGGUUUGUCACCUACGAAGGCUGAAACAGAUAUUAUAUACUUGCGAGUAAUAAUAUGGCGCAUCAUAGUGAUCUGACCGUCCACUAAGGCAGACAGUAGUUACAUCGUGGUACGUUCUGACACGUUUCCUAUCCUCGCGCCGAUAACAAUGCGGGAGUGCAUAUCUAUCCAUAUUGGACAGGCGGGCGUCCAAAUGGGUAACGCCUGCUGGGAAUUAUACUGUUUAGAGCACGGGAUCCAACCGGAUGGACAAAUGCCCAGUGAUACGUCCGUCGGUUACGGGGAUGAUUCGUUUAACACCUUCUUCUCCGAAACAGGCACGGGGAAACACGUGCCGAGGGCAGUUUUCGUUGAUCUCGAGCCGACAGUAGUAGACGAAGUCCGCACAGGAACAUAUAGGCAGCUGUUCCAUCCGGAGCAGUUGAUCACAGGAAAAGAAGACGCUGCGAACAAUUACGCGCGGGGACAUUACACGAUAGGAAAGGAGAUCGUGGACCUCACUCUGGACAGGAUCCGGAGGCUGACAGAUCAGUGCAGAGGUUUACAAGGUUUUCUAAUCUUCCACUCGUUCGGUGGCGGCACGGGAUCUGGGUUCUCGAGUCUGUUAAUGGAAAGACUCUCCGCUGAUUAUCCAAAGAAAAGCAAGCUAACGUUUAGCAUCUAUCCAGCGCCGCAGGUAUCGACCGCCGUCGUGGAACCGUACAAUGCGAUUCUUUACACACAUCCAACCCUAGAACACUGCGAGGUGGCCUUCAUAGUUGAUAAUCAAGCUAUUUACGAAUUAUGCAGGCGAAACUUGAACAUCGACAGACCGACGUACACGAAUCUGAACCGUCUGAUCGGGCAGAUCGUGUCCUCCAUCACGGCGAGCCUGCGCUUCGAUGGCGCCUUGAACGUCGACCUCACCGAGUUCCAAACGAACCUGGUCCCGUAUCCCCGUAUUCAUUUCCCCCUUGCAACGUACGCGCCGGUUAUGUCUGCUGAGAAAGCCGGCCACGAGAGGAUCACAGUCGCAGAAAUCACGAAUUCUUGCUUCGAACCGAACCAUCAGAUGGUGAACUGCGACCCUCGCAGGGGCAAAUACAUGGCGGUCUGCAUGCUUUACAGGGGAGACGUCGUUCCCAAAGACGUGAACGCGGCGAUCGCCAUGAUCAAACGGCAGAAGCACGUUCAAUUCGUCGAAUGGUGUCCCACCGGUUUCAAGGUGGGAAUCAAUUAUCAGCCGCCCACUAUAGUGCCAGGAGGUGAUCUUGCAAAGGUAGAAAGGGCCGUGUGCUGUCUCUGCAACACGACAGCGAUAGUCGACGCUUGGGCUAGGAUUGACCAUAAGUUUGACCUCAUGUACGCCAAAAGGGCGUUUGUUCAUUGGUUCGUCGGCGAAGGUAUGGAGGAGGGUGAAUUCGCGGAGGCCAGGGAGGAUCUGGCAGCUUUGGAAUUGGAUUAUCGCGAGGUCCAGGAAGACGCUGCCAACACCGAAGAUGAAGAGGAAUAUUAAUUUACUUUUAACACGUUCGCUACCAGCGUCACGUAUUCGUGAUGGCUGUAAUCCUGUAAUUUGCAUAAUGAAAAUGAAAUUAAUCCUAUGGAUAUUGUUAUUAGAAAUUGUGAACUACAUUGUAUUUAGGAACUCAAUGACUCGUUUCAAUUUCAUGCUUCUAAUGUUUUGUUUAGAUUUAUUGGAUUGAAGAAAAUAUGAGACCGUCAGCGAAAUAAGCGUUGGUAGCAAACGUGUUAAGUAAUUUUCAAGAGAUCGAGUAAUUUCCACAUUUUCAAAUGUGAAACGUGUUACGCAUGUACAUGGCACUUGUUUCGCACUUAUUGCGACACGAUAAGGCGACGUUGGUAACACGAAGCUGCCUGUUUUAUAGAGAAAUUGUAUAUCCGUCUCCAUUUUCCACUCUCCUAAAAUGAAAGGGUAAUUGAAUAAUUACUAUUACGUUUUUAACACGUUGAAUGUCAUGGGGGUCACCGGUGACUCCUAAUCAAAUCGAAUUACUAUAGUUCAUCCACUUAAACGAUGAUUAUUUGAAAAUAUUUCUAUAUUAUAAAUAAUGAUACCUAUUGCGGUGUCCUUCAGCUAGAUCAACGUACAAUAAUAAUAAUGCGAUUCAAAGAAAUGAUUUAAUUCAAAUCGUGCGUCAUUCAACGUGUUGAAUAGGUACAAAGUAAUAGAAUUGAUCGAUGAUAAAGAGAACAGUGUUUGAAAGAUCAUUUUUCGGGACGAUCUACCUUUUAAUGUAAUGAUUGCGUCCUCCACUGAUGACGACAACCUGCGCUUCUCACGAGUUAUUUAAGAAAUAUAAUGAUUCAACACAA